UUUGUCCCAAACUACCCUCUUUUUCAGUGUGUUUAUGUCCAGAGAGUGCAUGUUUUGGAGUUUAGGCACCCACGCAUACACUCAAAUAUCUUCCUCAACUUUUUCUUUGAAAUAAUUUGCUGAAUUACUAGAGUUUUCAAAGGAAACAGUAAACGAAUUGAAAGCUUUUAAAUCUUAGCCACUGGAUAGUGGAACAGAAUAUUAACCGUAAUAAAGAGAGAAGAGCAAAAGGAGCAAAGAAUAAUGGAGAGAGAGAAAAGAGGUAUGGGCAUGUGACCUCUUUUAUUUAACUCUAGAAGAAGAUACAUAAUAAACUUUUAAAUUCACUAUAAAUAUAGUUCUAGUUUUCUUAUUCAUCCCACUAAAAUCCACUCCAUCUAGACUAUCUCUAUCUUUCAAAUCAAUGGCGAAGCUUGUCCUCUGCCUACUAGUCCUUUCCAUAGCUGGCAAGGCAGGGUCUGCCUCCAGCCCUAUAGACUUCAUCAAGGCCUCGUGUAAGGCCACUCGUUAUCCUGAUUUAUGUGUCCAAUGCCUCUCAGGAUAUGCUAGUGCAAUUCAACAAAAUGAGCAACACUUAGCUCAAACUGCUUUGUCAGUGAGUCUAACUAGGGCUAAAUCAGCUGGUGAUUAUGUGAAGAAACUGACUAAAGUUAGGGGGAUAAAAGCUAGGGAGUAUCGAGCUGUGAAAGACUGCAUAGACAACAUGGGUGAUACUGUGGAUCGACUCAGUCAGUCAAUCAGGGAGCUUGACCAUAUGGGGCGAGCUGUUGGUAAGGACUUCGUGUGGCAUAUGAGCAAUGUGCAGACUUGGGUUAGUGCUGCACUAACCGAUGAAAAUACUUGCCUUGAUGGUUUUGCUGGCCGUCACAUGGAUGGAAAUGUGAAGGCUGCCAUUAAGAGCAGGGUUACUAAUGUUGCUCGAGUCACUAGUAAUGCACUUGCGUUGGUUAAUCGCUUUGCAUCUAGACACCGCAAAGCUGCAUCUGGUGAAACGCCUUAGAUUGUCUUUGUGGGUAGGUGGCUUUCAUGUGUAAUAGUGAUGUGAUAUAAGUUGGUUUCUGCCUGGCCCAGUUUUGGAUCUCAGGUUUCUAGCUAAUAUAUAAAUGUAACAUAAACUGAAAAAGUGAAGCUUGUAUGAAACUCUUGUUUUGUUGUCUUGAAUGAUCAGAUGAUAACUCUGUCUGUUUCUUGUAAAAUAGUACCAAAAUUAAAGAAAUCGCUCUCUUUCAUUAGUUUGCCAA